AUGUACCGCAGAUGGUGUAGAAACGUGAUCCUAUUACUCAGUCUGACGACGCUUGUCACUGCCCGCGAACAUGACGAUGACAACAGGAAUCUGGUCAGGUAUUGUGGGAAGUUGUUGUUGAAUGUGAUGGCCAGAAUAUGUAAUCAUCGGUACAUAAUACCGCCGAAAGGUAGGUAUAAAGAGUUCUUAAAUUAGUUUUAUUAUAUUUGAAAAGAGUGUGACUUGGGAAAACGUAUUUUACAUUUCAAAUACAGUGAAAACCCUUUAGUAUGACCUUCGAUAGUAUCAUAAUCUUUUUAUAAUGUCAGCUUUCUGUCCGCCUUUUGUAAUAAAACUCUUACUAUCAAAAACUGCCUGAAUAGUGUGACAGCCAGUUUAUAAUGGCAUUUUUGGUCCAGUCCCUUGUGUGAUAAAAGAACGAUACAUUAGGGUUGGGUAGGGUAGUAUGCGGUCAUUAUCAGUGUUUUGCCCGGACCAGUCCGGAGCGUUUUUCAUCGGUCCGGUCCGGCGAUUUUCGGGUCCGGUCCGGUCCAAACUUCAAAUUUUUGGGUCCGGUCCGGUCCAAACCCAAAAUUUUUGGGUCCGGUCCGCAAAAAAAUUUUUUUUUAUUUUUAAAAAAAGCAAAGAGCGCUAAAAUUGCUUUUUCUACGUUUAAAAACACUUAAAAAUAUGUUUUCUUUGCAAUUUUUAAAGCAGUUUUAAUAAAAUAAAAAAAAAAUUUCCGGACCGGAGCUUUUUCUUCGGUCCGGGUCCGCAGGAUUUUGGGUCCGGUCCGGACCGGUCCGGCAAAACACUGUGACUUACUAUAAAUAAUCGCAAUAUUUUUACUUAACGAAAAUCUAUUACUCCUAUUUUUUAAAACGUUUAAUUAUUUUAAACUUUUUGCAAACUUUCAUUUACUUGUCAAUUACAAACGAGUCAACAAAAUUCGCGUCAAAUGCGAUGAAGAUGUUCUAAAAGUACGCGUUGCACCGGUUGAUACUUUUACAAAUUAGCCGCGACCCAAAUUAACCGUUUAAAAAAGGCCGCGGUUGCGCAAUAUAAUUUAUGGUUUGACCUUUGUGCAACAGCUAAUUACUGUGUCUAACACAAUGUCCCAUACAAAGCCUAAUAUACCUUCCCGUACAAUAGGUAAUAUAAUAACUAGAAUAAUUUUGAAUGUCAUGCCUUGUGUAUGCCUAAUAUAAGGUCUAAUAGAAUGCAUAGGCUUAACCAGGUGGCUAAUACCAAGCAUAAUAUAAUGGCCAUUACUACCCUUAUAUGAUAUAAAAAGCCAACAAAAAAAUACCUAACACCAACUCGAAUACAAUAUGUUAAUACAUAGACUAAAAAGCCCAAUUCAGAUGCGCUACAAAGACCAAAACGACGCACAGGUGGACUAGCCAGCGAAUGUUGUACUAACAAAUGCACAAUGGGGUACCUAAAGUCUUUUUGUGCUUCUAAUUAG